UCAUCCCAUAAUUUUUAACUUGUAACAAAAUCAUAACAAGAAUCGAAAACUCUCAAAUUCGUACGUUUUGAAAGAAGAAAAUCAAAACGAAAAACCUUAAUCACCCAUUUCUCCCUUUUUAACAUUUUAUUAUUUUGCUGAAGGAAUUUCCAGUCCAGGGCUAGGGUUUAAGGUGCAAGAAAUCGGAGAUGGCGAUGACACAGUGGUGCAGCAUAGCAGUUAGGAGAAUGAUGAUGGGCGCUAUGGAGCAACGAAUGGCAUAUUUAUCUUCAGCUGCGAUGGGAAGUCCGAUCCUUUGCGGUCGAGGGGACAAGAGGACGAAGAAAGGGAAGAGAUUCAAAGAUUCAUAUGGAAAUUCAAGACCCAAAAAGGAGAAGAAAAUUGAACGCAUCAAGGAUAAAGUUGAGGUCCCCAGGUCUACACCUUGGCCUCUUCCUUUCAAACUCAUUUGAUUUCUAAGCCUCUAGUCUUGUUUUUCUUAUGAUGAAUCUGAAUGUAUUCACUUCUCAAGACACGUAGACCGUUCAGUAUUGUGUUUCAAUUGUUUUGUUUACCUUUGCAA